UAAUUUUGUUAGACAGAGUUGCGCAACCGAAGAGAGAAAUAAAUUAAAACCAACUUCCAACUUAUGAUCAUACGGAAACAAGUUGCGUAAAAUUCUACGUUUCUAGUUAGAGACCGGUAGAACUAAAGAAAAGCUUGCUUGCGUUAAGACGAAAGAGAUUGCUGAAUACGGUUUCCGAAUCGUGAAAAGGAGAGAUAUUAGCCGGAAAAGUGACUAAACAGGACGACAACGAGAUAGAGAGGAUGAAGAGUGCAGCAAUUAUUGGAGGUACCUCGCAUCCAGAACUGUUGCGAUUGAUUUCGCAACGGUUAGGGAUUAAACCCUGUGAGGUGUCGUUGAAACGAUUUUCGAAUGGUGAAACGAGCGUUGAGAUUCAUGACUCUGUGCGUGACAAAGAUGUUUUCGUUCUUCAAAGUGGUAGCUCUACUGUGAAUGACAGUUUGAUGGAGUUGCUCAUUAUAAUCAGUGCUUGCAAAGGUGGUUCUGCUAGGAGAAUCACAGCUGUCAUGCCUUAUUUUCCUUAUUCCAAGCAGUCAAAAAUGAGAAAAUAUCGUGAUGCAAUCACCGCCCGAAUGGUUGCGAACCUAUUGACCGUAGCUGGAGUUGAUCAUAUUAUCACUUUAGACUUACAUGCAUCUCAAAUGCAAGGAUUUUUCACUCGUCCAGUUGAUAACUUGUACGCCGAGCCGAACAUUGCCGAAUGGAUCCGCAGAAAUGUUGAGGACUGGCAGGAAGCAGUUGUGGUAUCGAAAAGCCCUGGUGGUGCCAAGCGGGUGACCAGUAUGGCCGAUACGCUAGGCUUAGAAUUUGCUUUGUGCAACACGGACAGAAGUAGACGCUCUCAUUUCCCCCGUAGUAUGGAUGAAUCUAUCAUGGAAGAAGAGCAUGUUUCUAAUAAGCAGUCGGAUCAUCCACGGAUUCACACAUCCAAGUACUUAUUAGGACAUAUCGUAGAUGACGAGGAAGUUGUCGGUACUCCCGCUAGUAAUGUCUCUGAGGAUUGUCAAUUGGAAAACACUUACUCUCAGGGUGGAUGUCCCAGUGAUGAUGAGGAAGAGGAGAAGAUAAUGUCAGCUUCUAUCUUUACCGAGCGUAUGAUUACCUUGGUUGGUGAUGUUCGCGGUAAAACCACUUUAUUGAUGGACGAUAUGAUUGAAAACCCUACCACCUUUAUCAUUGCUGCAGAACAUUUGGUAAAACGCUGCGGAGCAAAACGUGUUAUCGUAAUGGGUUCGCAUGGCAUUUUCCAAAACAACUGUCUCAGAGACUUAGAAAAUUGCAACUAUAUUGAGCAAAUUGUCGUGACAAACACUUAUCCCAUUAAGCCACAAGCAUUAGCACAAAGCACUAAGCUUGCUUUGAUUGACAUCAGUGGUGUUUUAGCUGAAGCCAUUCGCCGUACACAUAAUGGUGAAAGCAUAAGCUUUCUAUUUAAAAAAGCCCAUUAAGACAACUCCCCUUCUAGAGCUGUAGCCAUAUAAUAAGUUACCUCUUUUUUGCACAUAUGCCGAUACCGAAAUGGUUUCUAAUGUAUGCAAUGAAGUUUUUUCUUUGGAUAAUAUAAAUAUGAUUUUUUGUAAAAU